GAGUCGAAAGUUGAGAUUUGUCAAGGUCAAGUCAACCCAAAGAAAUGAAUGGGCCCAACGUCGCGCGAAAGAUAAAAGUGUAGGAAUCUUUUUUUUUUUAGUCCUUUUUAAUGAGCUGAACGGCAAUUUGGUUUAUUUGGAUUUUUAGCAGGCCUUCAUGACAAAGUGUUUCAGAAAAUGUUAUGAUGGAAGCAAGUUUCUUGUCAGAGAAUGUCAAACAGUUGGUAUGUGGAACUGGACAAGACCCAUGUGAAGAUGCAAAGACAACAGACUGUCUCCAGCUUCCUCAGGGGACGAUCCAUUGGCAGGCCUUGCAACAUACAUUGAAAGGUUUGGAGGAGUUUCCAAGCAGCUACACAGAACAUGUCGAAAGGUUGCAACCAAUCUGUGUGUCUGUAUGCCACUGGAUGCAAACACUCACCAUUGAAGAGUUUAAAGAGAAAUAUUCUGAUAACCUUCAUUGGACUGGACAAAAGGAGGUGUUCUUUGAAUGUUUUGAAGUGUUACAAUCCAAGUGUAACAGUGCAACCAAUGUAAGUCUUCUGUUAUCAACUGCAGCAUUGGAAAGAGCUCUUGGUGAUGUGUACCUGACAAAAAACCGACCAUGCCCAGCAAUGUUGAAGGACCUCUUGGUAACACCUGAGCUCAGUACAAUACUUGGACCAACUGCAAUACAUAUCCUACAUAUCUUGAUUGGUCCUCCAACAAGUCUCAAUUUGAGGAAUAUAUUAUGGCAUGGAUUUGCAGCCCCUGCUGAAAUUCCUAUCAUGUAUGCUUACUUUUUGCUCUUUGUUACCGCAAGCUUGGGAGAAUUACUUUCCUGUAAUGUAGACCCAGCCGAGCUACCUCAUCGUCCAUGGCUCACUUUUCCCAAUGUCUCUCAAACAUGCAAAAUUACUGAAGUUACUAAAGAUAUAGAGAAGGACAUUUUGAUGGAUGUCUUAAAUAGAACAAGCUUCAUUCCUAGAAAUAUGCUUACCAUAUGGGAGAAAGCUUUGGAAUACUUUUAUGAUGAAAGAUGUGGAUUGUGUGUGAUGUUAUUGCUCCCUCAACUUGAGUUAGGUGUUAGAAGAGUGUUUGUCAGAGUUAAUGACUGUCCUCAAAGACUUGUAACAGCUGAGACUUCAGUUCUUUUCACGACAUUUGAUGAGAUGUUAUGUUUAGGAUUAUCAGAAGAAAAGGAAAAUGCUUUGAUGGCCCAAGUUGGAGCACCAUACACGGAGAUGUUGAUGGAUCUUUUGGUUCACCAAGAUGGACCCAGACUACGCAACCACCUUAGUCAUGGUGAGAUCAACUUCUUUGAUGUUGCUAAGGAUGUCACAGACUUUGUCCUUUUUGUUUGUUUGUCAUGGGCCUGCCUGUUCACAGACAGGAAGUCCACAGAUCCAAAAACAAAUCUAUUUUUGGAAGCAUUGGAAAGUAGCAGUAAAGGUUACAAAUCAAUAUAUCAUCCGAAGUCUAUAUUAAGAAGAAGCCUAGAUGAGCUGUUUACAUCCUUGGAGCAAUGGGAGAACAUUCCACUACCCAAACCUGGCCAACUUGAAUAUGAACCUGGAGCAGAUAGCAAACUUACCACAAUGUUAUCAAAUGUUGCCGAAAAUAUCUGCAACAAUUUUGCCAUUAGAAGCUGUCUAAAUAGGAAUGAGCUACCAACCCACAAUUUAGAUUCUCUGAAAUUAUUUUGUACGAUGAUGUCUCUUUCAACACUUUUCCGACCAAAAAUUGAGCUAGAAGUUACAUCCCUGUUACAGAGGAUUCUCAACCAAUGUGUAUCCUUAUCACAAAAUAUUUUACAAAUUUCAAAGUUACGAUAUGAGCAACUUUUAAACAAAGAACUACGGUCGAGGCAGAGAAAAAACUACAGCAAACUUAUCAGCAGGUUCUGCAAACUGGAUUUUCACAGACUGGCUUGAUACCAUUCCGAGGAAAACAGUGAGCUUCCAGUUGUUUCUCUGGUCCAUUAAAAUCAUAUGAAAUGUGCAACCUCGGUUCUUGUAACACCCUAUGCAUUUGUAGUCAUGCUUAAUUAUUCAGCAUGUAUCAUAUAUAGAAAUUAUCAGGUACCCAUUUAUACUCUUUUGUGUAGCCUGGGUUCCAACCCCUAAGUUGGGUUACUCAUUGAAUACUAUGGAAAGAGAUUUUCUGAGUUUGUAAUAAUAGCCAUCUAGGCCUACUGUUGGCUUUAUACCUAAUCCUAAUUUGCCAAUGCACGUGACUCAGGUUCCAACCAGGUUAGAAAAAAUGCAAUUCUACUAGAGUGCAGUAGAAUAUUAAUAGAAUGUGUUGACUGAAAAUUAUGUUGCUUCUGUUAGUUUUGUUUACAUUCAAUUGGGAGGGUGGAGCGUUCAUUUGAGGGAAAGAUGAACGCCACAUUGUGUUUACUCGAUGGAGGCAUUUAUUCGAGUAAAUAAGGUAUGACAUCCUUGUUUGACAUUCGGGUAACUGCAUCUAAUUUUACUCAGCAUUAAACAAGUCCCUUAUAAUCUCCAAAUGAAUUUGCUCAUUGUUGAUGCUGUCCAGAAGAUAAAAAAAGAAAUAAGGAACUUGGGGCUUGUUUAUUUCCCAGGUGAAUUUUUCCCCAAGAAUACAAGAAAUUUGUCAGUGUGAAAUUUGAAUCCCCGACCUUGCGGUUAGGAACCCAAAUCUUAACCACUGCACCAACCACUUCCAUCGUUACUUGAUGAGUUCAUUUUUUCCUCUGGUCAUCAGAACUGUUGCACCUCCUACCAUCUGAACUUUACCAUAUAAAAUGUGUAUGGCCAGUCUCCAAUUGCUUGUAGUAGAUUGCUUUUUCCUAUUAUUAGUAACCUGACUAUUGAUGGAUAUUAUUUCUCACACACAGCGGUGUGUAAGUGAACGUGGAGAAUUUUAAGCCUUAUUAAAGGCUUAAAUCUCAACCACAAUUCUUGUAAUUAAUUUACAAGACAGCGUAUUCCAAUUACCUGAUGAUGGCACAUGAUGUAGCAUCUGAUUACAGAGCAUGAUGAUAAUGCAGACAAGAAUUAAGUACUAAUCUUAGUUUUAAAUUAGAUUGCCCUUUUAACAAGCUGGAUAUAUAUGGGAGUGCUGCGCACAGGGGAUGGAGGUAAUUAAGUGUUUUAAUUGAUCCAAUUUAUUCCAAUGAACUUCCUCUGGUCUUUUAAUCUACUGGACCUUGAUGGUGAUUUCUCACAAAAUGAAGUGCCUAAUCGGGUUGGUUUAGAAUUCAGAGUUCCUAUGAUGAUCAACAAUAUAUACUUUAAGUGGAUUGUAAAGUUUCUAUUUAUAAAUUGUCAUGGUGAGAGUGAUAAGAUAAUCAUUCACAUAUCAAUUGGUGUUAUGGAGAAACCUACUUUAAAGUGGGUUAGGGUUCAUCCCUAUCUUGUCAUGGAGUAUAAUAGACUAUGGGUCCUUGAUCAUCUUCAGACCGAAAUGCGGUCAACACUUACCAUAGAUUGUUUUAAAAUGUUGCAGCCUGAUAUGCUUUCCUAAUUAUCAAGAGAACUUGAAGAUAGGGGAGUUUAAUUAAGUAGUA